UUACAAAAAAAAAUAUAUAAAAAGCACAUGUUCAUAUCUCAUACUUCCCAAAUCCACUUAAGCAUGUCGGAAAGGAUUAUUUUAAAUAUUGGAGGUAUAAAGUAUGAAACUUUUCGGUCAACACUCACUGCUCAGCCAGAGACAUUACUUGGAAAAAUGUUUCGAGAUCAAAAUGAAUACAUUAAAAAUUCAGUUAACGGAAACGAAUAUUUUUUUAAUCGUAAUGGCGAAGCAUUUUACUAUAUAAUGGAAUUUUAUCGAACUGGAAAACUUUUAUGGCCCAUUGAAACUAAAAAAUCUCAAGUUACUUAUCAACAGCUUAAAGAAGAACUUGAUUAUUUUCAAAUUAAUAAGUCGAAAGUAUGUUCUUUAUUGAUAUCAGAAACUACUAAAAGUACAAUUGAGCGAUUUGUUACAAUCCUUGAACAAUUAAUUAUUAGUCACUAUGUAAACUUUGACAAUAAGAUUUCUUUAUCAGUUGGUAAUAAUGAUAGCCGUCUUAGCCAAUUUAAAGGAUGUGAUUUUGAUAUUCUGAAUUAUAUGGAACAUCAGAUUGAAAAGUAUUUAGUUGAAACUUUUUCUGAAUUAGAAUUAAAAUGGGAAUGUCAAAGAAGCUAUGAUUAUUAUCAUAAUUAUCCAUUCUUUGAGAUUGAGAUCACUUUUUCUUCACCAUUUGAAAAAAUAUUAAAAUCUGAGGAUGCUCAAACUCAUAUCGGAUUUACUCAAGCUCCAAUCAAUAUAUCAGAAGAAAAGAUUAUUUUAAAUGUUGGAGCAAGGUCAAACACUUUACUUGGAACUAUGUUUCAAGAUCGAAAUAAGAGCAUGUUACAUCCAAUUAAUGGAAACGAAUAUUUUUUUGAUCGUAAUAGUGAAGCAUUUUAUUAUAUAAUGGAGUACUAUCAAACUGGAAAGACUACAUGGACCAUUGAAACCGAAAAAAUUCCUUAUAAACAACUUAAAGAAGAGUUUGAUUACUUUCAAAUUCCUUUAGAGGAAUCAAUAGUACUUUGUUCAUUGGCUAUAGAAGCUGUUAAAAAUAAGUAUAAUAACCUCAUUUUGGCUUUUGAAGAAUUAAUCAUUCAGUGUUGUAAUUAUCUUAGAAAUAAUAUUGAAUUAGAAAUUAGACGUGGUAAUAUUCGUAUAAUUAAUAAAUCAGGUGAUAGAUAUAAAUUUUAUUUAGAAGAUUUACAACAGUUUUGUUUAUCUAAAUUUACGUUCUCUGAGACUUAUAUUAUUUUAGAUAAUAUGGAAAACCACGUUAAAGAUCAUUUAAUUAAAAUGUUUUCUGAUUUAGGGUUAAAAUGGGAAUUUACUCGGGCUUAUGGUUAUCAUAAAAUCUGUAUCUCUUUCUCAUUUAAAAAUGUUUUAUAA